CGGGAGGUCGCGGCGGGGCGGGUGCGGGGUGCUGGCGGUGCGGGGCGCGCAGCUUCCCUGGACAGCGCGCUGCUGGAGGCUGCCAUGCCCUCCCUGUGGAGAGACGUGCUCCUGGAGACCUUGCUGGGAUAUGUUUCUUGGUCUCUUUGCCAUGACCUGGGACCGAUGAUCUAUUACUUCCCGCUGCAAACACUGCAACUCACUGGGCUUGAAGCUUUUGCCACAGCGUUUCUUUCUCCAGUGUUCCUCACAAUUGUUCCUUUCUGGAAGCUGGUUAACAAGAAGUGGAUGCUAGCCCUGCUGCGGAUAAUUACCCUUGGCGGCAUAGCCUCCUUCCAGGCUCCAAAUGCCACACUUCGGCUCGCGGUCCUUUCUCUUGGCCUGUCUUCCUCGCUGGUGGUGCAAGCUGUGACAUGGUGGACAGGAAGUGGUGUGCAAAGGUACCUCAGAAUCUGGGGAUUCAUUUUAGGACAGAUUCUUCUUCUUGUUCUCCGCAUUUGGUACACUUCACUGAACCCAAUCUGGGUUUAUCCCAUGGCCAACAGAAUGAUACUGACAUUAAGUGCCAUAGCCACCAUGGAUCGCAUUUAUUCGGACAGUGACUGCCGUCAGCCUGAGGGCAAGAAGACUGAUGAGGCAGCCAAGGCCACGGCUUCUCGGCCGAACUGGGUGUUGGCAGGGGCUGCCUUCGGCAGUCUCACGUUCCUCACCCACUGGGUUUUUGGAGAAGUGUCCCUUGUUUCCAGAUGGGCAGUGAGCGGGCAUCCCCAUCCGGGACCAGAUCCUAACCCAUUUGGAGGUGCAGUUCUGCUGAGCUUGGCAAGUGGACUGAUGCUUUCACUGUGUUCGUGGUUUCCUGGUUCCAGUUUCGCUUGGUGGAUUACAGGAGCAACCUCGGCUGCGGGUCUGCUUUACCUGCCCACGUGGGCAGCCGCUGUCUCUGGCUGUGUGCUCGCUGUCUUCACGGCAUCUGUGUGGCCUCAAGUGCUUGGACACCUUAUUAGCUCAGGGUCAAGCCCUGGGAAAGCCAUGACCACUGCUAUGAUAUUUUAUCUUCUAGAAAUAUUCUUCUGUGCUUGGUGCACAGCUUUUAAAUUUGUCCCAGGAGGUGUGUAUGCUAGAGAAAGAUCUGAUGUGCUUUUGGGGGCAGUGAUGCUAAUUAUUGGGCUAGAUAUGUUAUUUGGUCCUAAGAAAAGCCUUGACUCUCUUCUUCAAACAAAAAACAGGCCUAAGGUGCUUUUCAGAAAGAGUGAAAAAUAUGUGAAACUUUUUUUGUGGCUGCUUGUUGGCGUGGGGUUGUUGGGAUUAGGACUACGGCUUAAAGCCUACGAGAAGAAAUUGGGAAAAGGGGCACCAACCACAGAGGUCUCUGCCGCCAUCUGGCCUUUCAGAUUUGGCUUCGACAAUGACGGAUGGUCUAAUCUAGAAAGAUCAGCUCAACUGCUCAAUCAAACAGGUGCAGAUUUCAUAACCAUUUUGGAGAGCGAUGCGUCUAAGCCCUAUAUUGGGAACAAUGACUUGACUAUGUGGUUAGGAGAGAAGUUGGGUUUUUAUACUGACUUUGGCCCAAGCACAAGGGACCACACUUGGGGGAUUAUGGUUUUGUCAAGAUACCCGAUUGUGAAAUCGGAGCAUCACCUUCUUCCGUCACCAGAGGGCGAGAUUGCACCAGCCAUCACGCUGACUGUCACCAUUUCCGACAGACUGGUGGACUUUGUCGUGACCCACUUUGGGAAUGACGAAGAUGACCUCGACAGGAAACUUCAAGCUAUUGCAGUCUCAAAACUACUGAAAAAUAGCUCUGAGCAAGUGAUAUUUCUGGGAUACAUCACUUCAAAACCUGGUUCCAGAGAUUAUCGACAGCUCAUUGAACAUGGCAAUGUGAAGGAUAUCGACAGCACAGACGAGGACAGAUGGUGUGAAUAUAUUAUGUACCGAGGGCUGAUCAGACUGGGUUAUGCAAGAAUCUCCCGUGCUGAACUGAGUGACUCUGUUCAGAUGGCCAAAUUUAGGAUCCCUGAUGACCCCCUUAAUUAUAGGGACAACCAGAAGGUGGUCACAGACCACAGGAAAGUUCCUGAGAAGAUUCACUUCAAUCCCAGGUUUGGGUCCUACAAAGAAGGACACAAUGCUGAGAACAGUCAUCAUUUUCACAUGAGUACUCCCAAAUACUUUUUAUGAACUAUUUAAAACAAGGAUUCACUGACUGAACAAGCCUAAGGAAAACAAAACUGUAAGAUGAAAAGAACAGAUGGAUUCAAGUGGGAAACUGCACACAAAGAACUGCAAUUUUGAAAAACUCUGAUAUCUGCACAGUGGGAAAUUCUAUCAAUUCCUAACAUAUAUUGCUAAAUAAAAUAAU